AGAGGCGGCAUCGGCGGCGGCGGCGGCGCAAGAGGGAAGGAGGCGGCGGUGCCUGGAGAGGUGGCGGCGGAGACGUCCCGGGCCCGGCGCAGAGCUCUAAGGGAGGCUGCUUGGCGCGGCCUCUGGCAUCGUGGAGGAGGAUGCUGUCCCGAAAGAAAACAAAAAACGAAGUGUCCAAGCCGGCCGAGGUGCAGGGGAAGUACGUGAAGAAGGAGACGUCGCCUCUGCUACGGAAUCUUAUGCCUUCGUUUAUCCGGCAUGGUCCAACAAUUCCAAGACGAACUGAUAUCUGUCUUCCAGAUUCAAAUCCUAAUGCCUUUUCAGCUUCUGGAGAUGGAGUAGUUUCAAGAAACCAGAGUUUCCUUAGAACUCCAGUUCAAAGAACACAUCAUGAAAUAAUGAGAAGAGAAAGCAACAGAUUAUCUGCACCUUCUUAUCUUGCCAGGAGUCUAGCAGAUGUACCUAGGGAAUAUGGCUCUUCUCAGUCAUUUUUAACAGAAGUUAAUUUUGCCGUUGAAAAUGGAGACUCCAGUUCACGAUUCUAUUAUUCAGAUAGUUUUUUUGAUGGUCAGAGAAGGCGGCCACUUGGAGAUCGUGUACAAGAAGACUACAGAUAUUAUGAAUACAACCAUGAUCUCUUCCAAAGAAUGCCACAGAAUCAGGGGAGGCAUGCUUCAGGCAUCGGGAGAGUUGCUGCUACAUCUUUAGGAAAUUUAACUAACCAUAGUUCUGAAGACUUACCCCUUCCUCCUGGUUGGUCUGUGGACUGGACAAUGAGAGGAAGAAAAUAUUAUAUAGAUCAUAACACAAAUACUACUCAUUGGAGCCACCCUCUUGAGCGGGAGGGCCUCCCUCCAGGGUGGGAGCGAGUUGAGUCAUCAGAAUUUGGAACCUAUUAUGUAGAUCACAUAAAUAAGAAGGCUCAAUACAGACAUCCCUGUGCUCCUAGUGUACCUCGGUAUGAUCAACCUCCUCCUGUCACAUACCAGCCACAGCAAACUGAAAGAAAUCAAUCCCUUCUUGUACCUGCAAAUCCGUAUCAUACUGCGGAAAUUCCUGACUGGCUUCAGGUUUAUGCUCGAGCCCCUGUGAAAUAUGACCACAUUCUGAAGUGGGAACUCUUCCAGCUGGCUGACCUAGACACAUACCAGGGAAUGCUGAAGCUGCUCUUCAUGAAAGAACUGGAACAGAUUGUUAAAAUGUAUGAAGCCUACAGAUAUGCUCUUCUCGCAGAGCUGGAGAACCGCAAGCAUAGACAGCAGUGGUAUGCCCAGCAACAUGUAGAUUCUGACUUUGGUGCAGGAAAAGCAUGAUGAUACAGAUGUCUGUGAGUUGCUGCUGCACUGUAAAGCUUGUAUAAAGCCUGGAAGUACAAGAAUCAAGAUUAUGAUACAUUUUGUUAAAUACACAGAUGUAAAACUUUUCCAGUUUUAGAGUAAUUAGUAUAUUGUAUAAAUUUUAGCAUGCUACAUUUGGGAUCUAUAUCAUUAAUCUACAUAAGAUAUAAAUUAAUAACUAAUUUCUUAUUUCAGCUCUCCAGUGUGUGCAUUACCACUUUUGUGGAUAGAUCUUCAUGGUCAGUGUUUUAUUCUCAGACUGUUUCUUUUUACCUUGCAUAUUACUUAGGGCAGAGCUUCCCAACCAGUAUGCCCCAGGGGAGUAUUGAGAACCCCUACUGUGACUAUUCUGGAUUUCAGAGGAAUUAUAAGAGCUCAUAACUUCUGACUGCCAGUAGCUACUUUAUUAUACAUAGCCAGCCCACUUGCUCAGGGCUUUCAAUAGGUUCUCCAGAGUGUCUCAUUUUCUGAGACAGUCAUGGAGCUAACUAAGCAGGUAUGCUGCCCUCACUCUGCCACCCUGUGCCCUCACUUUACAUGCUUUUUUGCAUUUUCAUUCGUUCGUAUCAUACAAAGCCUUAUUCAGAAACAUUUCCUUAGAAAGCCUUUCUUCAUUAAAACUACCUCUAUGCUUGCUCUGUGUGUCCCUUUGUGUUUGAAUCAUAGGAAUUUUUAUGUAAUGCAUAUUGCUUUAUACAAGUACCCAUAAAUAUUUUUAUGUUCUUAACUUUCCCCUCUCAACUAGUGUCUGAGAGUCAUCACCGCUCCUGACUUUUUCACAGAAAGAAAACAGUGAAGACAGAGCUGUCUUUGAGUAUUUUUAAGAGCUUGAUAUCCUUUAGCAAAAAAAACCAAACCCACUACUGUCGAGUCGAUUCUGACUCAUAGCGACUCCAUAGGACAGAAUAGAACUGCUGCCCCAUAGGGUUUCCAAGGCUGUAAAUCUUUAUAGAGGCAGACUGCCACAUCUUUCUCCCAAGGAGCAGCAGGUGGGUUCGAACUGAUGACCUUUCAGUUAGCAACUGAGCACUUUAACCACUGAGCCACCAGGGAUAGUUUUUAGAUAGUGGGAAAUUCCGUUAAUUUUUAUCUUUUGUGAGCCUCUAUGGCUAUUUUUCUUUGAUUUUUCUGAGGUUAAAGCAUUAAGUCUGAAUGAUAGCAUCCAGUUCUAGGAAUACAUAUUGGUACAACAUGGUAUUGUCCUACCCCAGUGCCGUCAAGUUGAUUCCGACCCAUAGCAACCCUAUAGGAUAGAGUAGAACUUCACCAUAGAGUUUCCAAGGAGCGCCUGGCGGAUUUGAACUGCCGACCUUUUGGUUAGCAGCCGUAGCACUUAGCCACUACGCCACCAGGGUUUCCUGGUAUUGUCCUAGAUCUGUUAUAUUCUAACAAUUUAGUUUAAUCCCUGUUCUCUUUAAAGUUUAGAUUUUUUUCUUAAGGGUUGAUUUACAAAGUUGAAAUUUGUUUUUACUUUAUGUAAAAUUCAGAUAUGCUUAGAUUAUAAAGUAAGUCUUUAUGGACUUAUAAAUGUUAAAUGCAUCACUGGUUUUUGAUUAGAGGUCAUAAUGCAGUUACAUGUGACUCUAGCAACUGAGGAAAGAAUUAGAUGCUCUCUCUGUAGUUGUUCUAGAUCAGCUUUGCUUCUAGAAGAUAAUGACUCCACAAGAUCUUCCUUUUUAGUAUAACAAGUGAUUCCUUCGUUGAAGCUCACAUUCUUUCAUAAUUCAUAGUGGCCUGGGACCUGCUUAAAGUGAUGUAGGUAACUCACUCAAACCCAAAGUUAAAAACAACUUCUAAAGCUUAUGUUGUUAGCUGUUGUCGAGUUACCCCUAACUCAUAGCAACCCAAGCACAAGAUCAGGUCAUUGUUUUCCAUAGGAUUGUCAUUGCCUGAUUUUUGGAAGUAGAUCACCAGGCUUUUCUUCGUAGUCCAUCUUUGUCUGGAAACUCUGCAGGCCUCCACUGACAGACAAGCAAUAGCUGGGCUUGAGGCGCACUGGCCAAGAAUUGAACCAAGGUCUCCCUCAUGGAAGGUGAGAAUUCUACCACUAAACCUCCACUGCCUUCUCUAAAGCUUAUAGCUUCAUUUAAAUACUCUGCAUUAGUUAAGUUGCCUCAAGGUUCAUAACUGUACUUACUUAACUAAGCAGAACACCAGGCACCAUGCCAGAUCUUAAGAAUUUUGAAAUUUUUUACACACUCAAGAACAAAACAGAUCACUUACAGAAGCAUAGUAUCAAUUCUUGUGUUUCACGUGCAGAUCAAAUCAUGUAUAUUGAAUAAACUAAACCUUAAUUUAAAUACAUUAAAAAUUCACAGUUAAAUUAUUAAAUGUUGGAAGAACACAGAAGCAGCAGUCACUAAAGAUUUUCUAAUCUACAUUAAGAUAUCCUCUAAUGGCUACACAAUUUAUAAAGUAAGAAUAUCAUAAAGUUUUUUAAUAUGUAGCUCUUAAUUAAAAAAAAAUAAUUAACUUACCUCAUUUGUACUUCCCUGUGGCAGAGGCAGUUUAAAAAGGAGGAAGAAAAAGAAUAUAUAUAUCCUGCUUCAUUAAUAGCAUUACAGUAUUCAACUUUGUUUACAACAUUGAUUUGUAGGUAUUUAGGAAACAAAUAUUUCUACAGAUUUUUCAGCUUAGAUUACAUAUUUCAGCAGAAUCUCCUGAAGAACCCAUUUCCAUGUUCCUCAUAAGCUGCAGCAGCAUAUUCUAGGAGGGUUUUAGGAUUUACCUCAAAUUGCCCUUCCCCUACCUCUUGAGGGGCUGUUUAAGGCAGUGAUUCAGAGGAUCAAAUUUCUACUUCAUUCUUUUUCCAUAGUACCACCAACUAGACUCUUCAAAGGCACAAGGCAAAUAAAUCUAUUAGUUAUAAUUCUAUGAUAAAGAAUAUAUUUAAGAUACUCUUAAUGCUGAGAGAAUUAGAGCUGUUAUUUGCUACAUGCAGACCAUAAAAGUUCAAAAGCCUAAUCUCCAGAAUUUUAUGAAGAAUAUCAACUUUAGCUUCACUAAAUUCCCUUAAAUUUUCCUGAGAUAACUGAAGACACUUUCUGAAUGACAUAGUGAGCUGAUCAUUGUUCUUUGUGUGUUUAUAAGUGUCUCCCCAUCCAUAAUGUUACUUGGCUAAUGGACUGUGACCUUGGCUCCCUAGGAUAUGACUGAUUAGACCAGAAGGGACACCUGACCCAUAAGCAGCUGAUGAAGAAGUUGACCAUCAGUUCACGCUAUGGCCUGAUGCAAAAGUCUAGCUUAAGUAGAGACAAUUCAAAAUAAUCAGACAUGAUGAUAGAAGGAAUUAUAAUAGUAGUUCAUAUAUGCUAAGAAAGCCAAUGUUAGCCAAGUGAUAGGCUGUCCAUAUGAAAUACUGUUAACACAAUCAGCUAAAUAAAAAUUCAGCUGUUUUCCUCAUUUAUUUUAACAACUUUAAUAUUUUUAGGUUAAGAAAAAGUAAAAAUACUACUUAACCCACGUAUUUUUUAAAAAACAUUAAAAUGUUAACUGCAAAACAAUCGUGUAAAACUUAACAUAUAUAGUUCGUUGUUAUUUUGCCAUCUUGGCAGUUGGUAGAGCUCUUGAAGACUGGGUCGUAAGUCAUGUUCUGUAUAUUCCCAACAUCUAACUCUAUGUGAUGAAUUGAGUUAAAGAAAAUAAAAAGUAUUCUUACCUGGUCCCACAAGGCUGCAGCCACCUGGUCUAUUACGGCUCCCAGCUCGCGGUAUUCACCAGAGUACCGGAUGUAUGCCCAAGUGCAUAGGGUAAUAAGGGUCAGUCCCAUUAUCAUAUUGCAUAGGCUAGCUAUGAUGUCCAAACCAAUGAAUCCAGUCACACCAGCAAUCACAUAUGUGAUAAAGAUGACAACAAACAGUGUGGCUGGAGUACGAGCUGCAUGGAAGAUAUUUUUGCUAUCAUUGUGCUUGAUAUACUGGAUGUAAAGUUCAUCUAUUUCACUCUCCAACUGCUGCAGGUAACGCCGGCUAAAUUCUUCCCCACCCAUCUUCUUUACCCCUCGGAAUAGCUUCACAGAUUCUUCUUUAAGCUCCAGAUGUUUGGUCUGCAGGUCACUAGGGGCCAGAAAUGGUUUGUCACCACCACAAAUCUGUAUCAGAUACAGAAGUUUUUUUUUCUUUUAAUGUAGUACAGAGUAAAAUUAGCAACUGUAUCAAAAUUCUUCACUUAGCUAGUUAAAUUUGUUAGGACACAGAAUAAUGUGAAGGGACCUGCGUAUUUGUUUUGUUGAUCCACGUCUUUCCACCCUCCAUCGGUAGGAGGAGUGACUAUAAGUGGAACUCAUACUUUAUAGGUAACACAUAAAGUCAUUCUUAACUUUCUCUUUUUGACAUGGGAAGUAAUAUCCAUGACUUAAUCCAAGUUCCUUAAGAUGAAAAGACCAAAUACAAAUUGAAGUACAAACUGAGUUCAUUCCCAGAAUAAAUGCAAGUUCAAGAAAACUACUUACAGCCAGGUUCCUCUAGGAAAACAGUUCUAGCUACAAUGAAGUAAUUUUAACCAAUGAAAUUUAAAGCAAUGAGCUGUCAAAAUAAACUUGUGAAAUAUACUUUCUUUGGCAGUUUCACAAUUUUUGUUUGAAUGAAGCCCAUUUAAUAUUCUAGACGGUAAGUGGAAGCAUAUUAAAUGUUUUUGGACCAUAUUUUCCCUUUUUAAAAAAGUUACAAGAGAACUCUCUUAUAACCAUGGCAUUUACUUUGGUUACUUGAGAUUUAAUUACAGUCCCUGACUCAUGACAGGGUUCUAUUCCGAUGGCUACUCUAUUGUAAGUUCUGACAUAAAUUGAAUUCCUUUUUUUUUUUAGUUUUCAUUAUAACUUCCUUUUUAUUACGGUAUCUAUAAAUCUGAUCUUUGUCUUUGGGGGUUGGAAACAUUACAUCUGAGAAUGGUAACAUCAGCAAAUUACACACUGCAACACAUACUACUAAAUAAGAUGUACCAAAAAACAGUCGUUAAGUACAGUUGGUCAUAACUUGAAUACGUUGUAAGUCGGGGACUACCUGUACAUGCCAAAUGCUCUCUAAUUACCUUUUACCUGUGGUAUAAACAUCAUUGCAUAUAUUUCCCUUGACUCUAAAAAACCAAACCCAUUGCUGUCAAGUCGAUUCUGACUCAUAGCAACCUUAUAGGACAGAGUAGAACUGCCCCCCAGAGUUUCUAAGGAGCACCUGGUGGAUUUGAACUGGUGACCUUUUUUGUUAGCAGCUGUAACACUUAACCACUGUGCCACCAGGGUUUCCCCUUGACUCUAAGACUCCAACGAUUUUAGAUUUACUUUUUUGAUUUUAUAUUUUGAAGGAAUAAAAGUCCCUCUAUCACAUUAGUAGAUAUGCACAACUAUAAAGUGCAUCCUAAUUUGGAAUGUAAAAACAGAAAUACAGUAUAUAGAAAUACUGGCCCAUAAGGUUUAGUUUCUUUUUCCCUAAAACUUUUUGUCUAUGAGAGGGAAAUACUGGACCUGCGGAAUGUAGGGAGGUGUAGUGGAGAGGUUAGCAUAUUCUAUGUUAACCAAAAAAUCUUACAAUGGGAAGAUUUGACCAAAAAAAGGGAGUAGUGAUAUACUAUAAAUAGGAACAAUUCAUUUAAAAUGCCUUUACAAUUGUACAUACAUAGCUUUUUUCUUUUGUUUAAAAAAAAUUUUAGGAAUACAAUACUGUAAUACACAAAAGGAUGAGGAAGAAGAAUAAGGCAAAGCCACCUUGUCUUCCCAUGUGUAUACAGUGUGAGUUGGAAAAAAAUACAUUCAUCAAAGAAAUACUGGUUUUAUUUAAAACAUUAUUUAAAAUAGUUUAUUCUUACCUCUUCCAUUUUUUUGUUGUAUGUAUCCUUGGCAGUUGCCACAGCUGCUAAAUUGUUAGCUUCUGCUGUGGCCUUUGGACAAAGUACAAAAUACGAUUUAAAAUAGAGUUCAUAUUUAUUAAACUUUCACAGGCAGCUCUCAUUUCAAAGCAGCAUGUACAAGAAACGUGCAAGAAACCAAAGUCAUCAAAUAAUUUGAAACUGUUGAAAUAUUUCUACAUUUCAAAAAUAUUAAUAAAAUAAAAAUUUCAAAAUGUAUAAAAAAGAAUCUUAUUCAAUAAGCCACAAUUCUGAAAUGAAUUUUUAUUUGAAGAUUUUUUUACCUUUUACAAAAUAUUUUUAAGCCUUUUCACCAAAUGCAAAUAUAUGGGAAAAUAUGGGAAACCCAAAACAUGGGAAAUAAUAGUCAAUUUUAUACAGAUUAUGUGUGUGCGUGUAUGACUUAAGCUUAAGGACUAUUGUUGAUGGAACAAUAUAUCACUGAUGACAAAAAGGAACUAUUAAGAACUUAGUGAAAUUUAAACAAUAUGUAAGGAAAAAAUUAGUUUCUACUUUUUUAAUUUUAAAUGUGGAGAUAACUUGUUUAAAACCUGGACCUGCUUUUUUCCUCUUGCUACAUGUUUGAAUCUAAAUCACAGUAUGAGUCUGUUUUAUUAAUAAAUACAGUACCAAGAAUGAAAACUUUCUGGUUUAAGGAAUUCAUAUUUCAGCACAAGUGUAGCGGAUAUAGGUGUAUGUGAAAAAUACUUAUUGAACACACAAAAUGGGUAAAAUAGGAAAAUAAUCUCCCAAUAAAUCAUUCCGUCCAAUAUUUAUAUACAGCAAUUCCUGACAGCCGGAUUGGAGCAUAUACGAAUACAAGCAUGAAAGCUUAGCUUUAGCAACAAAUAUGUUUUAAAACUUUAUGCCUCCUGAUUAAUAAAUUACCUGUAACAUGGAUUUGGGAUGUGGUAAUUCUUCGCCUUGAUAGAUCUUGAUAUAAGCCUAAAAAAGAAAAAAAAAAUUUAUAUUUACACGAUUCCAUCUAAUAUUUCUCUAAUUGUGUUAAAUUGUAUUCUAAAGUCUUGACAAUUCAAAAAAUACUUUCAGGAACCUAUAAUUAUUUCCUUUGCUCAGCUUUAAUUCUUUCUUUGUUCAUGUUGCUCCCUUUUUUUGAAAUGCCUUUUAAAAGCUCAACUCAUUGCCACUUCCUUUAAAACUAUUUCAGAUCUUUCUGCUGGGAGUAACCUCCCUCUUUCAGCUACCCACAGAAAUUUGUCCCUUGCUGAUAUCAUAAGCUUUAAGGAACGGAUUUGCGUCAAGGGCCUUCUCCACAGCAUUAUGCACAGUAAGACUAGAAAUUUUAUGAUAAAUAAAAUGUCAUGUAUUGCUGAGAGAUGAAGAUAAGUGGAUCACACAGGAGGUCUAUGAUAGCAUUUUAAAUAACAAAAUAUGAAUUUUAAAAAUUGAUAUUUUUAGUCCUUGGAGCAUUGAUCCCACAAAUUAGGUUGGUAACUGAAAUUCUCCAUUACAUAUGCAGGUUGGUAAAAGUAUUGUAUUAGGUCCUACCAUGAUUUUCCAUCUGAGGUAAACUGGUAAAAGCAAAUUUAAAAUAAUUCUACUUCAAACUGGCCCUUGGGUCCAGAGAACAGAAAACAUGGAAGAAUUUUGUCCAGUAGCCAAAGUAUAGCCCCUUGGGGAAAAUUUUUAGAUGGAGGUAAAAUUCAGUAUAGUUCAUGACUAAGGUCUACAAGGUAUGUAGGGAAAACCCAGGGCGGGGGGUGGGGGGUUCAGGAGAUGUUUCCAACUCUUAGAUACAUUUAUCUUUCAAAGAAAUAUUUCCCCAAGAUAAAAGGGGCAGUAAAUAAAGUUACCUCUAAGGAGUUUGCUCAAAAAGUAAUUUCAGAAAACAAGCUUCUCUUGGGAAUCUCAUAAUUUUUAUCAUUUUUUAGUCUUCAUACCUGUGCGCCCAUAUUCCAGAGUCCACAUUUUUUGGUUUCAUGUAGGAACUACAUUGCAGUACACGUCAAACCUAAGUACUCACAAAUGCUCCAGAAAUGAGAGUAAUACCUUGAAGUACUCCACCAGACCUCGGCAGGUGAUUUUAUUCCCAUUGAUCUCUUUAAUAUCUAGGUUCUCAGGACUGAGUAGCCAAGGAAUCAGUAUUUUCAAGUUUUUGAUGAAUUCAUCAUCUAUUUCUACAAGUAAAAGCAAACUCAUUAUUUUAAAAAUCCUAUCCAGUCUUCCACACCACAGAAUAAAACAUCCCUUGGUUUCCUCCAUUUUUCCCCAGUGAUUGACCAUGCCAUCACUCAUUUCCCAUCAUUUAAACAAAUGAAACUUGCUCUACUCAGGAUCAAUGUUCUUGCUCAUAUUUCUACUGCUGGUCUCUCUUAUUUCCACUGCAAUUAAGUAUUUAUCUUGUCUUCUACCUAUAAAAUAGCUUCCUUGAUACUAAAUGUUAUUUUAUAUAACCCAUUCAUGCAGCCAUUUUGUGCAUUAUGAUGUCUUCAAGUCUUGUUUGUGGUUUUAUGUAUAUAUUGGCUCAUAAAUGGGGAAAAGGCCAGACAGUUACUGGCUUAAAAGGUGCAUUCCUUCCAGAAAAUGUAUCCAGAAAUUGCUUUGUCUCACAUGAAUGCUCACAUUAUGAGAAGUGUUUAGUACUCAGUGAGCUGUGGUGAGAGUUCAAAAAGAUUAUGGUGAUGAUGCUACCUCUAGUGGUGGAAGUCAGCAACACAAAAUAACAGCAAGAAAAGGCCACCUAGGCCCCAUAUCAAUCAGAGGUAGUCUGAGUUAUUUACCUAUCAUGUUUGGCAUAAAUUGAUUACAUAUAACCCAUGUCAUAGCAUACUUGACCCUAGCAUACUUAGCAAAGUAACACAGAAAAGCCUUUGGAGGAGUCUUUGAACACAGUGAUAAUUUCUUAAAUCAUAUUUCAAACUUAUAGAAAAAUAUGUAUAGAUAUGUGUAUGUACAAAAUAUAUUAAGAAGCACAAUAUGUCCAGUGACUUGGUUUCUAAGUAAAUGCAGUAACUGCCUGUAAUAAUAAAAAAAACCUGGAUUUCAGUAGAGGCUCUUAAGUUUUCAGGCUUUGGGGCUGGUAAUUUUUGAGGUCUUAAGAAGAAAGAUGAAAACCUUAUAUUUGUGUUUUUCCUGCUUGUUAAAAAAAAAAAAAAAAAUAGCCAUAAUGCAUGUGGCAAUACCACAGAAUU